AUGGAAUCAAGUGGUAGUGUUGGUAAAAAAAAUCAUGUUGUAUUAGAAACUAAAUCUCAUAAAGAGAUUGCGCGAGAAGUACACAAUGUUUUAUAUUCUAGGAGAACCGAUUUACAUGAUAUUGUGAUAUCUCAAUACAUGGAUGGAAAUGCUGUAUUUGAGGAUCCACUUGCUUACGUGCAAGGACAUUCAAAUAUUAUCCAACAAUUUUAUCUGCUUGCAACCGUAUUUCCUGGUAUAACUCCGGAGGUGCACAGUGUCACAGAAUGUGCAGCGGCUGGUAAUCACCAUCUUGUCAUAAUCGAUGCGAUAAUAAGAUAUCGACUGCCCAUAAGACUCUUAUUCUUUUUACGUCAAGAAGUGGAGGUACGCACUAUCUCUCGUUUCGAGUUCAACGAACAGAAAAAAAUUGUGAGACACGAGGAUAUUUGGAGUGUAAAGGAUAUUAUUGAAAAUUUGCCAUGUAUUGGUUGGUUUUACGCGGAAAUUGUUAGAAAGUCUACGGGAUUUUUAUCGAGUCAAUUCGUGGCCGGGGUUAAAGAGGCCGUUAAGAAAUGGAAUGAAUGGGACCCAUGA